AUGCAUCGCACUUCGCUUCCUAUUUCUCACUGAGUUUUGCGCCUUGAGCCUGAGCUGGUCUGAUUUGAGCCUCGGAGCGGACAAAUGCCUCCUAAAAGCAUCAAAGCGGCUCUUCUGGACGCCCUGGAGGACCUGUCGCAGGACAACUUCAAGAAGUUUGUGGAGAAGCUCCUGGACCGCAGGGACGAGCCGCGCGUAAAGCGCAGCAAAGUGGAGGGGAAAGACCGCAUCGACGUGACCAACGUCCUGGUCUCCACGUUUACCGAGGCGGGAGCUCUGCCGGUGACCGUGGACAUCCUGAAGAUCAUUGACUGCGCAGACAUCGCGGAGAGUCUCGCUAAAGAGACAAGCGGACAAUCCUCCACUCCUCCUGCUUCCUCUUCGAGUGCCUCAGCCGGAGCAGCUGGUGGAAAUACGAUGGCAGAAGACAAUCACUUUGUGAAUAAACAUCAACUGGAGCUGAUCAGAAGAGUGAGCAACAUCGAACCCAUUCUGGAUGAGCUCCUUGUCGAAGGAGUUAUCCAAGAAGACGCGUAUGAUACAAUCAGAUCUAAACCGACCACUCAGGAGAAGAUGAGGGCGCUUUAUAGGGGUCCGCUCAAAGCUGGCGUUCGCAGCAAAGACGUCUUCUAUGGAAUCCUUCUGAAACAGGAGAAAUAUCUCGUUGACGACCUCAGCAAGAGCCAGUGAUCGUACAUUAUCAGACACGUGAUGAGAUUUAAAACCUGAUGCAUCAAAUGUUUUGUUGAUAAAAAAAAAAUGAAUUAAUAUUUUCACCAGCUGUUUUUAUCCACCACAAGUCAAACAAGUCGAGAGUUUUUAGCCUCAUCAUUUUUAAAUAAAACCGAAUUUUCUCCUCAA